UGCUGCAUCAAAUGUUGCCGAGGCUACCCAGUAACCUCCCGGCCCAACUCAGUUUCAAACUCAUCAAAACAUACUGCGAGUCCGGUGAUUUAACACGUGCCCACCAACUGUUCGAUAAAAUGCCCGACCCAGAUUUGCGCUCGUGGACAGUGCUAAUAUCCGCUUACACAAGACGGGGUUGCGCGAACGAAGCUAUAAACCUCUACACCCGAUUGAGGGACCGAGAAAUCCAACCAGAUAAAUUUGUACUCUUGUCAUUUGUCAAGGCUUGUGCCACAUAUGGAGAUCUUAUCGAGGCGCAAAGAGCGCAUAAAGAUGCGACCGCGUUUGGGUUUCAUCAGGAUCUUGUGUUGGGCAAUGCCAUGAUAGAUAUGUUUGGAAAGUGUAAGUUUCUUGAAGGUGCAAAACGAGUGUUUAACGAGCUGCGGUUUAGAGAUGUGAUCUCUUGGACUUCGGUUUGUUCUUGUUAUGUUAGUUGUGGGAAGCCCGGAUUGGGAAUCCAAGCGUUUAGAGAGAUGGUUUUAGAUGGAGUGAGACCGAAUUCGGUUUCAGUUUCUUCGAUUCUCCCGGCUUGCUCUGAGUUAAAGUGUUUGAAUUUGGGUAGAGAGAUACACGGGUUUGUCGUAAGAAAUGGAGUUACGGAGAAUAUGUUUAUUAGUAGCGCGCUUGUUGAUAUGUACGCCACUUGCUUACGCAUCAAACAAGCCGAACUAGUGUUUAACAGAAUGGUUAACAGAGAUAUCGUGUCGCAUAAUGUGAUGAUAUCAGCAUAUUUCGAGAACGGAGAACCUGCGAAAGCACUUGCUACGUUCGAAAGGAUGAAAGUUGAACGCUCAAAGUUAAAUUACGCAUCCUGGAAUGCGGUUAUUUGCGGGUGCUUGCAAGCGGGGAGAACACAACAAGCGUUAGAAUUACUUUCCGAAAUGCAACACGCGGGGUUCAACCCGAAUCAGAUUACGUUAACAGCUGUGUUGACCGCGUGUACGAACUUAGAAAGCUUGCGAGGCGGUAAGGAGAUUCACGGUUUUAUCUUUCGGCAUGGUUUCUUAAAUGACACGACAGCGUUAACCGCGCUUAUCUUCAUGUACGCUAAAUGUGGAAAACUUGAAAUUUCUCGAAAGGUGUUUGAGAUGAUAUCGAGAAAAGAUACCGUUGCUUGGAACACGAUGAUUUAUGCAAAUUCAAUGCACGGGAAUGGAAUCGAAGCGUUGGCGCUCUUUAACGAAAUGCUAAACGCAGGUGUCAAACCGAAUCCAGUUACUUUCACGGGGGUUCUUUCCGGUUGUAGCCACUCACGGUUAGUAGACGAAGGUCUGUUUAUUUUCAACUCAAUGAGGCGGGUUCAUAUGAUUGAACCAGAUUCCGAGCAUCACUCAUGUGUAGUAGACAUUCUGAGCCGCGCGGGUCGUUUAGAAGAGGCGUAUCAGUUCAUACAAAAUAUGGUAAUCGAACCAACCCCUUCCGCUUGGGGUGCCUUGCUUGGCGCGUGCAGAGUGUAUAAGAACGUUGAUUUGGCACGAAUCGCAGCUAACCGUUUGUUUGAGAUCGAGCCACACAAUGCUGGAAAUUACGUUUUAUUAUCUAACAUUUUUGUUAACGCUAAACUAUGGGGAGAAGCGUCAGAAACUCGAAAGUCAAUGAGGGAUAAAGGAAUCACAAAAGAGCCCGGUUGUAGUUGGGUACGAGUCAAGAACAAGGUACACACUUUUGUGGCCGGUGAUAAGAGCAACGAACACAGUGACGAUAUAUACACGUUCUUGAGUAAUACGAGUGAAAAAAUAAGGCAAGCCGGGUACUUGCCGGACACAGACUUUGUCCUUCAAGAUCUUGAUUGCGAGGAGAAAGAAGACACGUUGUGCAAUCACAGUGAGAAGCUUGCAGUGGCUUUUGGAUUGCUAAAUUUGAGCGGCGAAUCGUCGAUCACUGUGUUUAAAAAUUUGAGGAUUUGCGGGGAUUGCCAUAACGCCAUCAAGUUUAUGGCAAAAAUUUCCGGUGUGACUAUUGUCGUUAGAGAUUCAUUAAGGUUUCAUCAUUUUAGAAAUGGACAUUGUUCAUGUAAAGAUUUUUGGUGAUAGUUGUAUGCUACAACAUUUGAGAUUACAUUGAUUGGAAGAAUUUUAUAUAAUAUUCAAGCAAUAAAAAUAUAAAAUACCACUUUUUAUGAUUGAGCACAAAAUCAUGUCCAAGGAAACGAAAUACAAUUCGGGUUAAAAACGCUCUUUGAUCGAUCACUCCAACUGAGCAUACCACACACCUUGAAUUUUCACAUCUUUCGGAGCUUUGGCGCCCAAAUCGGUAUCAGAAGGCUGAAUGCUCUCAAACACGCCGAUCAACUCACCGGUUUCAGGCUUGCUCGACGUAACACUCAAGGUGAUCUUCCCUGUUGAAGAUGCAGCAUUCUUUACAUUCUCCUUAGCAAGCUCCUCUUCAUCUCCUCGCCCGCCAGCUGGAAGCGCAACCGCAUUGUCAUAACCGGUGGACCCACCUCGGCCCUUUGGGUCAAGGAAAGAAGAGCCUCUGUAAGACGGCACUAGAAACUCCCCACUAAAGUUCUCGGGUGGACCGGUUGCCACAAGUUCUUUGACUGUAAACAAGAACGGCACACGCUCACCACCAGGAAGCUGAACGGUCACUGCAGCGUAAUCGAUACCGUCUUUUUCUUCGAAUUUGAGGGUGCCGUCGGAUGACACUUCCAACGGGCCCUCGAUUUCGUCA